ACCAGCUUCUCGAUAACCCCCAGAUUUAUCAGAUUGUCAGAACCUGUGCUCGCCGUGAGAGGAAGGAUGUCACGAGAUGAAGAGAAAGCUCCCGACGGCGGGGUCGAGCAUGUCGACACCGUCACCAAGAACAAUUAUUCGGAUGUCGACAUCGACGAGGAGUUCUCGUACAAGGAGCAACGAAAAAUCAUCCACCGCGUGGAUCUGCGGCUGGUGACGAUUUGCGGCCUGGGUUACUGCAUAAGUUUGAUGGACAGAACCAACACCUCCAUGGCGGCCAUUGCAGGGAUGAACCGGGACCUGGAGCUGACAGUGGGCUUCCGCUAUUCCGUCAUCGUUUUGAUCUUCUUCGUCACAUAUAUCGUCUGUCAACCUUUUGCGACCGCCAUUAUUAGAAAAAUUGGACCUCAGAUCUUUAUCUCUGUGAUUAUUGCCUCCUGGGGAGUAGUUUUGAUUGGCUUCGGCUUUGUGAAGAACUGGGAGCAAAUGGCUGCUCUACGAGCUCUCCUUGGUGCUCUUGAGGCUGGUUUCUUCCCGGGGACUGUCUAUCUUCUUUCGUGCUGGUAUUCACGAUAUGAGGUGCACCAGCGAUACUCCCUGUUUUACUUCAUCGGCGCUGUCGCUGCCUCCUUGUCUGGUAUCCUUGCCUUUGGACUAAGUCAGAUGGACGGCAUGCACGGUCUGGGAGGAUGGAGAUGGAUCUUCAUCAUGGAGGGAGUGAUUUCCGUUGCGGUUGCCAUCAUUUGCUAUAUUUUCAUCGUUGACUUUCCCGACAAAGCCGACAAAGCAUGGGGUUUCCUUAACUCGAAAGAGCAAGCAUUUAUCCUUCGACGCCUGAACAAAGACCGCGGUGAUGCGGAUCCAGAACCGUUCACUUUCGCGAAGUUCCUUCGACCUGCUCUGGAUCUGAAGAUUUGGGGUUUCGCAAUGAUUUUCUUCUGUCUCACAACCGUCACUUACGCCAUUGCAUAUUUCCUGCCCAUCAUUCUUGCCCAGGGCAUGGGAUUCGGCGUCGGAGAAUCGCAAUGUUUGGUGGCCCCGCCCUACUUCUUUGCUGCGAUCCUCAUGUUUGCGACAUCCUGGGCUGGAGAUAAAUACAAGACGCGAGCCCCCGUUCUCGUGUUCAACGCCAUCGUUACCUUGAUCGGACUACCGAUGAUGGGAUUUGCCAAGGGGAACGCUGUGCGCUACGUGGGUGUCUUCCUUACAACCGCGGGAGCCAACGCCAAUAUUCCGGCGUCGAUGGCGUACCAGGCGAACAAUAUCCGAGGACAAUGGACUCGAGCGCUGUCCAGUGCGACGUUGGUGGGAAUGGGCGGCGUUGGAGGUAUCGCGGGUAGUUUGGUGUUCCGAUCACAGGACGCACCAGAGUAUAUCCCCGGUAUCUGGGCUGCUAUCACAUCCCAACUGCUUAUCCUCGUCAUCGUUGCAAUCAUGAGUCUGUACUUCUGGAGGUGCAAUCGCAAGGCAGAUCGUGGAGAGAUGGUCAUUGAGCGGUCCCCAGAGUUCCGCUAUACAAUUUGA